GAAGCCUUCUCGAUCGCUGUUGACCAUCAUCCUGCCAGCUUCGACACGCCUCACUCUUCUUGACCCUUCCAGCCAUCGACCAACCAGCUUUUAAGCCCAUCUACAGAUACAAUGUUUCUGACUAGGUCUGAGUAUGAUCGAGGAGUGAACACAUUUUCGCCGGAGGGAAGGUUAUUCCAAGUAGAAUAUGCGAUCGAAGCGAUCAAACUAGGGAGCACCACGAUCGCAGCGACGACGAAGGAAGGAGUGAUCCUGGGUGUCGAAAGACGCUCUCAAUCGAAACUAUUGGAAGCCUCGUCGAUCGAGAAGAUAAUGGAGAUCGACAGUCAUGUGGGAUGUGCCGUCAGUGGCCUCGUCGCCGAUUCUCGUACUAUGGUCGAACAUGCCCGAGUCGUCGGUCAGAACCAUCGGUUUACGUUCGAUGAACCGAUCAAGACUGAGAGCGUCACUCAAGCCGUUUGCGAUCUUGCACUAAGAUUCGGUGAAAGUACUCAUGACGAAGAUGCGAUGAUGUCACGUCCCUUCGGUGUCGCCCUACUGAUCGCAGGAUGUGACGAACUUGGACCUCAACUUUUUCAUGCGGAUCCUUCGGGCACCUUCAUGCGAUACGAUGCCAAGGCAAUUGGGAGUGGAUCUGAAGGCGCCCAAACAGAACUACAAGAGCGUUGGCAUAAGUCAAUGACCUUGCAGGAAGCCAAAUUGUUAGUACUGCAAGUCUUAAGACACGUGAUGGAGGAAAAGCUUGACGAGCAUAAUGUUCAAUUAGCACAAGUCACUCCAAGUGGCGGAUUUCAUAUUUUGACAAAUACCGAAUUAAAGGAAUCGAUCAGCCAAAUGCCGGUCGAAAACAAUCCUACUCACCCUUCAAACGUUGGAACUCAAGCUGCCCCAACAGCUUAAGGAACACAGGAGAAGAACAAGAGAACAACAACAACCACAACAACAACAACAAAAUUGAUCACUUUAUUGGUUUCAUUUGACUCGACUUGGGAAACCAUCUAGCUGGUCGAAAAAAUAUAAAAACUUCAUAUCGAUCACCUGUCCUCCUUCUUGCUGCCUUUUUCUUUUUGAAAUUAUAUAAAUAUGAACCAUGUACUUCAGAAGAAAAAGAAGGAUAGAGAUAACCGUACGAUAAGGCGGGUAAUCAUCGGACCCGCUACUCACUUUGAUUAAUUGGAGAGGGUCUUAUAUUUUAAUCAGGGUGUAGAGCUCUGGGACUUGAACAGCCUUGAUCAUCAUUCUUCUUACGAGUUGGAAGGGAAACUAUACCAGAUACUUACAUCCUCAGCCCAUAUGAUCACCAAAUGAAUCCUGGAUGGCAAGGAGAAAUGUGUGUCGAUGGUCAAGCCG